CAGCAGCCCACGUUCGAAUCAUGGUUGGAGCAAAAAUUCUAAUGAUAUUUUCAUUAACAAGCCAUAGAAAGUCCAAAGAGAUUACAAUGGAAAAUUGAAAGUUAUUCAUUUGACCUUAAUCAAAUUCCAACUUAAUCGGCUGCUUAGUCCCAAAACAUUAAUAGUAAAAUUAGUUUCUAACUUCCGCGUUUUGAGGUAAAAAAAAAACAGUUCUUGUCUAUAUAAAGAUGAACAUCAGACCACGAAACUUGGAUAUAUCUGUUAAAAUUAAACAUGGCAAUAAGCUUAAGGUCCCAUAUGUAUUUCUUGGCUUUUUGUGCAAGCCUUCUCAUCCCAACUAACUGCCAAACUGAGCCUCCAGAGAACCAUGUUGCCUUGUUCAUUUUUGGCGAUUCACUAUUUGAUGCAGGAAACAACAAAUUCCUCAAGAAUGCUGCUUUCAGGGCAGAUUUUUGGCCCUAUGGAGAAACAUUCUUCAAGAAUGCCACUGGGAGAUUUUCUGAUGGUCGAUUAAUUCCAGAUUUCAUUGCUGGGUAUUUGAAGUUACCGCUGCUUCCACCGUAUCUUCAGCCUGGUAAUCAGGACUAUAUAUAUGGAGUGAACUUUGCUUCAGCUGGAGCUGGUGCUCUUGUUGAAACUCGUCAAGGAACGGUGAUAGACCUUAAUACUCAGCUUGGUUAUUUCAAAGACGUAGAGAAAAAGCUGAGACAGGAACUAGGUGAUGCAGAGACUUACAAAUUAAUAUCCAAAGCCCUUCACUUAUUUAGCGUUGGAGGCAACGAUUACAUAGCAUUUUUCACAAAUUCGACUGCGUUGCGGUCAUUUUCCAAGGAGGAAUACGUUAGGAUAGUUAUCGGCAACCUGACAACUGUGAUCAAAGAAAUUUACAAGAAUGGGGGAAGGAGAUUUGGAUUUGCAAAUGUAGGGCCUUAUGGUUGCGCACCAUACAGUAGAGCACUAAGUAGCAGCGGUGGCUGCCUGGAAGAAGCCACAGCUCUAGUAAAACUACACAAUAGAGAACUUUCAAAGGUCCUUGAAGAUCUACAGAAAGAGCUAAAAGAGUUUGGUUAUUCAAUUCUUGAUUUCUACACUUCAUUAAGCAAAAGAAUGGACAACCCUUCAAAAUAUGGUUUUAAGGUGGGGAAAGUGGCUUGUUGUUGCUCUGGGCCUUUUAAAGGAAUUUUAAACUGUGGAGUAAAAAAUCAGUAUGAAUUGUGCGAUGAUCCCACUGAGUAUUUGUUCUUUGAUUCUGCUCAUCUUACUGACAAGGCCCACAAUCAACUUGCUGAGCUCAUGUGGAGUGGAAGCCCUGAUGUUACAAGGCCCUCCAAUCUCAAGACAGUCCUGAAGGCUUAA